CUCUUCCCGCGUAAUCGCGAUACACAUAAGUCCUCCACGACCAGUGAAAAUCUUCACACGGUCAUCCCCCAACUUAGGCUGCUAUCUAGUUACUUAGAUUCUGCACCACCAAAUUUUCCAUUUAUUUUCACCAUGUCAUUCGCCAGUAAGGAAAAUGACAACGAUAAUGACAUACACGUGAUUUCGAGAGACACGAACGACUUUGCUCACCCGGAACAUAUGGACACUCCUAGUUUUAUACAAUCGCUUGAUUUACCUACACCCACAAAUAAUCUGCUUUUCGAUAAUUUCAACCCCGAUCUCGAGAGCCAACUACACAACGACCAGCUUAGCGCAAAUAAUGCUCAUUCUUUUCAAGAUUCACCCUCGCUCGCCCCGUUGACUGAUUUUGUUAGUCAUGAUGUCCAACUGCAAAAAGAUUUCCAGCCUGAACACCAAACUUCUUACACAGGUGCUUUGACAAAGCUUGAUCAUCUGCUCCCCCCGCUUCCUCAGCUUUCUGAACCUGUGAUACCUCCUAAUCUCCAACUACAAAAUCAUGCUUCACUUCCAGAGUAUCUUCAGGGAAACACGAGCAUUUCCAAUAGGCCUCAGCCGUUACUUCUAGCAGGUAAAAGGAAGAAGGAGACACAGGUACCAAAAACUCGUCCUGCGUUUGUCAUGAAGAUAUGGUCCAUGGUAAAUGACCCUAACAAUCAUGAUAAUAUACGAUGGAACGAAGAUGGAGAGACAUUUCAAGUAGUCCAUCGUGAGGAGUUCAUGAAGAACAUUCUCCCGAAGUACUUCAAGCACAAUAAUUUUGCAUCUUUUGUCCGUCAGCUCAACAUGUAUGGAUGGCACAAGAUCCAGGAUAUAAAUAGUGGGUCAAUGAAGGACGACAGGAACCAGGAGGAGGUACUUCAGUUCAAGAAUCCCUACUUUAUAAGGGGAAGAGAAGAUCUUCUUGAUAACAUUGUACGCAACAAGACCGGGGGGAAUGAAGAUACACUGGAUGUCAACCUGCUAAAUCUUCAAUAUGUCAUGAAUGAGAUUGACCUGAUUAAGAUGAAUCAACUUGCUAUCUUGGAGGACAUGAGGAGAAUGCGCAAGGACAACCAAGUCUUAUGGAGCGAGAGCUUUACUGCAAGAGAUCGCCACCAAAAACAAUCGCAAACUUUGGAGAAGAUCAUGAAGUUCUUGGCUGCUGUGUACGGCAACUCGGCAGGUAAAAUAUUCGAGGUUGAGGACAAUAACUUUAGCAACCAACAAGUGUCUGCUUACAACAAUACUACAGCAAAACCAAGCUUUGCAUCCCCAGGACCAGCACCCGUCUCAAAGCCUAGAUUGAUGUUGAUGGACCAAGCGUAUCGGAGAACGAGUGCUUCCACUUCGAAAUCUCCUUCUAUGGCUUCAAUAGGAAAGGAUUCUGUUGAAGAAAUCACGCGGAAUACGCCCCAGUUUCAAAACACCCCAGAAAGUUCAGCAAACGCAAACAGAAUAUACCAGCAAAUCAUGAACCCGGAAUCAGCAGGCGUGUCGUCACCUGGCCAAUUUUUCCCUGAGUUGAGCGGCUCCUUUCUUAACACCAAUCAGCGGCAGCACGAGAAUUCGAGUGGAGCACAUCAUCAACAAGAAGAACAGCUCCAGGGUCUCGAAGACAAUAUCGUUAAGCAAGGCCAGGCACUACUGCAAGUUCAGGACUGGAUCCAGGCCUUAGCAAGUAGACAGCAGCAACAACAGGAACAGAUUCACCAGCAACAGCAAAACCAGAGGAGCCCCGGAAAUCUGCCUGCAGACGGGAACCUAGAUGACUUUGAUGUUGAUGAGUUUUUGGAUAAUGGCUCGUUGAAUAUUCAACAUCAAGCCUCGGCUCCACAUGGGAACCCAAUUGCGCCUGAAUAUCUGGCGGGCAAGCGUGUCAUUGAACAGGUUGAGAAUGAUAACAUCCAGAGAUCGAAGAGGAAAAGAAUAUAGUCGCAAGAAAUGAUUGAGAUAAUGAAUUUAUAUGUAGACUGUAUUCAUAAUCAACGAAUUUAACGCCUUGGACAGAUAAGUUAGUUUUUUCUUGUGAAUGAAAAACGAACAUCAUCAUCAUCUUCAUCAUCAUCAAGUCUCAGCUCAACGAUAGCUUGUCGACCACUAACCGUGAUAUCAUGUAGACUAGUUGGUGAGACAUCUUUUGCAUCGUCGCGUUUCGACAGAAAUUGAAAUACUUCAUCCGCGAUUUCCCUCUCGUUAUCGGAAACCUCAUUCACGAAAAGUUGUACGGUCUCAGGCUGAUACCCCCGCACAUCUUCCAUUUCUGCCUCGAAAUCAUUUUCUAGUUUUUCU